GUUUUAUUUAAAGAGACGUUUUAACUAAAUGGCAUCAAAAAGAUUCUACAUGUGAGGUUUGUAUGUAUAAUUACGCCAGUGGAGCAAAGUUUUUGCGGGAACUUUUUUUGCAGAUCGUGAAAAACCCCGCGAAAAUCGCAAAAAAAUUCGUGCCACAUGGUAGGAUAUCACCAACCACUGUAAAGGACUUUCCGAGGUAUUGGGUGUUGUUUCUAAUAUUUUCAGCUUCUACUCCUAGUUGAAAACAGGUUCUUUCCCAACAGCUCCUCUUCGACUGUGGAUUGAAUGCAAAAUAAUCUCAGGUCCUGGUCAACAAGGAGGACCGACUUCAGAAAUAGCAUUGGCGUCACAGGAACACGAAGCAGGGGUUCCCGUCCCGGAGGGGUUCCCGUCACGAAGUAGAGAACCGGCUUCGGAGAUAGUAAUGGCCUCACAAGAACAGGAAACAGGGUUGCCGGGCCAGGGUAUGACAAUGGUACCUAUGACCUCCCGUGAACGAAAGGCAGACACUAGUUUUCCCACAGCACAACAAGUUUUGAACCUCGCGGCGUCAAAAUACUUGACGACAAUUGACCCAUCGAAACCCGAGGAAUUAAAUGGCUUUGUUUGUUACUUGGAGAAAGUACGAAAAACGUUGAUCGUUGACACUCAGUCAGGGAGUUUGAUCAUCACAGUUGAAUGUCGCUCUCUGGAAAUGCUUGACGAAUUGUGGUCUGAUUACUGCACUGGCUUUCUAAAUGAAAUGGCGCAAAUAUUCCUUGUAACAGAGGAGAUUCUGAGGGAGCUUGGUCUCACUGAAGUGAAGCUCACAACUACCAUUUUAGAGGAGGAGUACAGGGCUUGUCAAGAGUAUUUGUUGCAACAUUCGGUUCAUGAACUGCAAAGCUUUACAAGUAAGAGGGAUACCGGAUUCGCUCUAGAGUUAACACGAGAAAAAGGAUCACAUGAGCUAACACCAGGAGAACAGUUUUGGGCUUUGUUUUGAGGUAAUACCCGGGAAACGACCUCG